GUGACAAAAUUCGUAAUGAUUCAGUUUUCAAUAAUAGCGUUUAUGUUAAGGAGUUCCUCAUUAAAGUUGUUUAAUUUCAGUCAAAAUACGAUUUGCCAAUAAAUGUGAACAAGUGCUUGUGUAGUUUUUUAUUGUGAAUUUAGUUAUUAAUGACACUAAAAAUCAUUUUUAUUUUCAUAAGUAUGCAAAAUGGAGAUUAAUGGCCGUCAGGCAGCUUUUGUGUUGCUUCUGUUGGCAACACUCACAAAUUAUGCGCAAGCGCAGUCCUCGCGAUGCUCUUGGAUGACAGAGAUACCCAGACCCGACCGGCCUGAACUGACGAUUCCCGAUGCAGGAGUGCCAUGGAGCCAGCGUCCGCUCUUCCCGGUGAACCCGGAGCGGGAGGAAGUGUGCGUGGAUAACUAUCCCAUGGAGGACGGCACCCCGUCUCAGGUUAUAUACAUGGACGAGGAAAUCGAGGGCGACGUGUAUAUAGCUCGGCUGAACUAUGAAGGAACUGCUGUGCCUGAGAUCUCAUUCCUCUCCGGUUCGUACGUGCUGCUCGGCCCCGUCAUCAGGAGAGGUGAUGAUGGCCACUGGUAUCUCGUCAUAACAGAAAGACAAGACUACGAGACUCCCGGCAUGCAGCUGUACAUGUUCAUCAUCAGAGCCGCCGGAGAGACCCUGGCCGCAGACGUCACUCUUGUCAUCGUCAAUAUUGAUGACAAUGACCCCAUCAUUCACGUGUUUCAGUCCUGCGAGCUCGAAGAGCUUGGUGAGCCUCGCCUCACAGACUGCGUUUACGAAGUGACCGACGCCGACGGUGCCAUCAGCACACGCUUCAUGACCUUCAGGAUAGACAGCAACCGACCAGCAGACGAGUCCAUCUUCUACAUCCAGGGCGAAACCAUCCCUACUGAUGUCUACCGCAUGACCAUGACGAUCGGAAUCAAUACUACCCUCAACUUUGAAACCACUGCGCUUCAUGUCUUCAAUGUUACGGCUCUGGAUUCUUUGCCCAACACCCACACGGUAAAUCUGCUGGUGCAAGUCAUCAACGUGGAGCACCGACCUCCUCGGUGGAUGGAGAUCUUCGCGGUCCAGCAGUUCGACGAGAAGACCAACCAGACCUUCUCCGUCAGGGCCAUUGACGGCGACACCGGCAUCGACAAACCCAUCAACUAUUCGCUGAGAACAGAUCCUGAGGAUAAUUUCUUCAGCAUUGAGACAAUAGAAGGAGGUCGGGACGGCGCCCUCUUCCACGUGUACGAGAUCGACCGAGACACGCUUGAAAGGGAGGUGUUCCAAGUCACCAUCAUAGCUUACAAAUACGACAACGUGUCCUUCUCCACGGAGUCCAAUGUAGUGAUAAUAGUCAAUGACGUCAAUGACCAGAGACCAGAGCCGCUGAAAAAUGAAUAUCAUAUCGCUAUCAUGGAAGAAACGGCGCAGACCCUCGUGUUUGAUGAAGAAAUUGGGUUCCAUGAUAGAGAUUUGGGGGAAAACGCACAAUACAGGGUUUACCUAGAAGACGUGGAACCUCCUGGGGCGGCGUCAGCGUUCUACAUCGCGCCCGAGGUGGGCUACCAGCGGCAGACCUUCAUCAUGGGCACCCUAAACCACAGCAUGCUGGAUUACGAGGUGGAAGAGUUCCAGCAGAUCAUCAUUAGAGUGAAAGCAGUAGACAUGAAUCGCACAGACUUGACAGGCAACUUCACGGUUCACAUCGACCUCAUCAACUGGAAUGAUGAGGAGCCGAUAUUCGGGGAGGCCACGCAGACGGUCGUGUUCGACGAGACCGAGGGAGAAGGCUUCUACGUCGGCACCGUGGUCGCCCACGAUAGAGACAUCGACGACAGAGUUGAACAUGCAUUGCUGGGUAAUGCCGGCAGUUUCUUGACCAUAGAAGAGGACACCGGCAGAAUCUACGUAGCCGCUAACGACUCCUUCGACUACCACCGGCAGAGCGAAUUGUUUGUUCAAAUUCGAGCUACCGACACUCUGGGCGAACCGUACCACACUGCAACCUCCCAGUUGGUGAUACAGUUAAACGACAUCAACAACACGCCACCGACACUGCGAUUGGCGAGAGGAAGUCCCAACGUCGAGGAGAACGUUCCCGAAGGCUACGAGAUCCUGUGGGAUAUCUUCGCCACGGAUCCGGACACCACCGCCGAGUUGCGGUUCGAAAUCGACUGGGACACCUCGUACGCUACCAAGCAAGGCAGAGAAACACCCUCGAUUGAGUUUCAUGGAUGUCUCGACAUUGAAACUUACUACCCCGAUGUGAACCACACGGGAUCAGCGGCCGGUCGCCUCAUUGUGAAGGAGAUCAGACACAACGUGACCAUAGACUUCGAGGAGUUUGAGGUGCUGUACCUCACCGUCAGGGUCACGGACCUGAAGACUGCCCUGGGGGAACCUAGCGACGAAUCUACUCUCACAAUAACAAUAAUCGAUAUGAACGACAACUGGCCGAUUUGGGUGGAAGGCACGCUGGCCCAAGAGUUCAGGGUGACGGAAAUGGCAGCGGCCGGCACGGUCAUAGGUUCAGUGCUGGCUACGGACAUCGACGGCCCGCUGUACAACCAAGUGCGUUAUACUAUACGUCCUACGCCAACGACCGACGAAGACCAAGUGGCGACUCCCGAUGGUCUACUCCAGAUAGACUUCUACACGGGUCAGAUCACGGUCGCGCGAGGGGCGGCCGUUGACGCUGAUGUUCCUCCGCGUCACUUCCUCAACUACACAGUGGUAGCCAGCGAUUGUUGCUAUGCAGCAAACGAGACGGAAUGCCCAGAUGAUCCUACCUGCUGGAACCCAGAGGGAGAGAUAUCGAUCAGGAUCAUCGAUACCAACAAUAAGAUACCUGCCGCGGAGACGGAACACUUCGACGAGGUGGUGUACAUUUACGAGAACGCGACGACCGGCGACCCAGUCGUGCAACUUGUGUCCAGCGAUUUGGACAGAGACGAUAUAUACCACACGGUGAGCUACCAAAUCAACUACGGCGUGGCGCCUCGUCUCCGGGACUUCUUCGAUGUAGAUCUGGAUACAGGACUUGUAUACGUGCAUUACACCACCAAUGAUGUCCUGGACAGGGACGGAACAGAACCACAGCACGAGAUCUUCUUGACCAUGACCGACAACUUCUUGACGGAUGGAGAUGGCAGACGGAACCGGGUAGAAUUAUCGGUACUAGUAGUGCUGCUGGAUGUGAACGACAACGCCCCGGAAAUGCCUGAUCCUAGUGAACUAUCCUGGGAUAUGUCUGAGAAUCUUCAGCAGGGUGUUCCUCUAAACGAGUGGAUAUACGCCCACGACCGCGACGAACCCUGCACAGACAACUCCCGCGUGGGCUACUCCAUCAUCAGCCUCGCGGUCACCAACCGGGAGCUGGACGUGCCUCAGGACAUGUUCUACAUGGAGACGGCGUGUGACGAGAUCACCUGCGAGUGUCGGGGCAGACUGUGGACUGACAUGGCUUUGAGAGGAUUUUGGGGAACGUACGAUAUACUUAUCUUGGCCUUCGACCACGGUAGCCCACCACUGAGCUCCAACGAGACGUACGCUCUGACAGUACGCCCGUACAACUUCCACGCACCAGUGUUCGUGUUCCCUGAGGAAGGCAGCGUCAUAAGGCUGGCUAGGGAGCGAGCCGUCGUGUACGGCGUGCUGGCGACCGUGUCGGGUGACUUCCUGGACCGGGUGACGGCCACCGACGAAGACGGCCUCCAUGCUGGAGUUGUCACCUUCGCUGUUACCGGAAACUCGGAGGCGACUCAAUACUUCGACGUAUUGAAUGAAGGCGACAAUGCCGGAACUCUACGACUGAUCCAAGCGUUGGACGAUGAUGUUCAAACGCCGCGCGAAUUCCAGGUGACGAUAACGGCCACAGAUGGCGGCACUGAACCUGGACCUUUGAGCACACCCACCUCCGCGCGUCUGGUCUUCGUCCCGACACAGGGCAGUCCCAUCUUCAGUGCUGACAGCGCGACUGUCGCAUUUAUGGAGGGCGAACAUGGACUCACGGAGCGGUUCGCGCUGCCCCGAGCUGAAGACCCGAAGAAUUACUUAUGUGAUGGCGAUUGUCAUGACAUUUACUACAGGAUUGUUGAGGGUAACGACGACGCCUUCUUCGGAGUAGACCAGCAUCGGAACGAGCUGUUCUUACUCAGGGAGUUGGAUCACAACGCCAGUUCCAGCCACGAGCUGGUGGUGGCCGCCAGCAACUCGCCGCUCCCGACUCCGGUGCUCGCCGGCAGCACUGUCACUGUCAAUGUCAUUGUACGAGAAGCCGACCCUCGGCCUUUCUUCCUCAGGAGCCUGUACACAGCCGGCAUAUCCUCCUCUGAUAAUAUCAACAAGGAGGUUCUUCGGGUGGAGGCGGGACAUUCGGAAGGUGACGCGAUAGUGUACUCCAUAGACCGCUCGUCCAUGAUGGUGGACCCUUCAUUGGAAGCCGUUCGGGACUCCGCCUUCAUCCUGCACCCCGCCACAGGAGUGCUGACCCUCAACAUUCAGCCCAGCAACUCCAUGCACGGCAUGUUCGAGUUUGACGUCAUCGCCAAUGAUACAGCUGGUGCAACCGCCUCGGCCGAGGUGAAGGUGUACCUCAUUUCUUCACUCAAUCGGGUCUUCUUCACCUUCGAGAACACGUUACAGGAGGUGGAGACCCAUAGAGACUUUAUAGCAGAAACCUUCACCGUCGGUUUCCAGAUGACGUGCAACAUCGAUCAGAUCGUGCCAGCCAGCGACAACAACGGCAUCGCCCUCGACGACCUCACCUUAGUCCACGCCCACUUCAUCAGAGAUGACGUGCCGGUGUCCACUGAGGAAAUUGAACUCCUCCGCAGCGACACGUUACUCCUCCGAGCGAUCCGCACCGCGCUGCUGCGGGAGGAGCUGCACCUGCAGGACCUGGUGACGGAGAUCAGCCCCGAGCCCGCGGCCGCCGACCGCACCAUAGUUUACGUGCUAGCCGCGCUCUCCGCUCUACUCGCGUUCAUGUGUCUGGUGCUGAUGCUGACGUUCAUUAUAAGGACUAAGGCGCUCAACCGUCGUCUGCAAGCGUUGUCUAUGACGAAGUACGGGUCCGUGGACUCGGGAUUGAACCGGGCCGGACUCGCGCCGGGGACCAACAAGCACGCGGUCGAAGGCUCCAACCCUAUCUGGAACGAGGCCAUCAGGGCGCCAGACUUCGACGCUAUAAGUGACACAUCCGGGGACUCCGACCUGAUCGGAGUGGAAGACCUGGAGCAGUUCAGCCAGGAGUUCUCUCCGCCGGGACCCAGCCGCACGGACGAAGGCAUCGUACCGUCAAAUGCGAGUGUUGCCACCCACAGUAAUCAGUUCGGCUUUAACACGAGCCCCUUCAGUCCAGAGUUCUCACAAAGCAACUUCAGGAGGUGAUCCAGAUGAUAUCCCUCUAUAAAUGACAAUAACACGAGUCGAUAAAAAAAUAUUUUGUAAGUACGUACUUGAGCUAAGUAUAAAUAUUUGUAAAAAUUGUACAUUACGUGGUCGAUAUUAAUCUGAAAUUAUUAUUUAAAAAAAAAGGAAAAAUAUAGCAUUUUGUGAACAAACUAUCCAAGACUCGUUUUAACUGAAGUUUUAAAGAUAUGUAAGUAUUAAGUAUAUAUGUAAAUAUUGUUAAAUAAAUCUAAUUUAAGAAAUCA